AUGCCACCGCCCUCACAAUCACCACCACCGCCGGUGCGGGAGAGCAGUCGACUCCCGCCGGCGGCCGCGGCCGCAGCUGCUGCUGCUGCUGCUGCCUCGUCGCCAGCAUCGCCAUCGCCCUUGGCCUCCCCAUCUCCUUUGUCUCCCGCUUCACCCGCGCCACUCGCACCGUCCGAUGAAGAGGGUGUGUUCACGAGUGGUGACGGCGCGGCGGACGAGCAGGAGGAUGACGACGACUACGGCCACCCGGACAGCCAGGACAUCCCUCUCACGAUGACCGCCUCCACGGUGCUGCUCAAUCUCCCCCGCGAUGCCACGGCUGCGCUGGCCACGGCCGGCCGCUUCGCCAAGGACAAGGUCGUUGUGCGCUUCAAGCCGGUGGGGUCGGCGCCGCCACUGUCUGGCGGUGGUGCCGGCGGCGGGGCGGUGGCCGACGUGCGCCGCAAGAUCAGCUCGACACAAAAGUUCGAGGUGGUGGUGGCGUUUGUACGGCGGGCAUUGCGGGUCAAGGAGUCAGAGAGCGUCUUCUUGUACGUCAACUCGGCGUUUGCGCCGGCCCUGGACGAAGUGGUGGGCAAUCUACACCAGUGCUUCAAGGACUCGCACGACCAGCUGAACGUGUCAUAUUCGCUGACACCGGCAUUUGGGUGA